UAUAGAUGGAGGUUUCGUCGUAUUUGAUACACUAUUUUUAGACUGUUCUUUCCAGGUGUGAUAUUUAUUUUAUGGAUACCUAAUACAAUUUUACAAUCUUUGAGCUUUCAAAUAAUUCCAAAUCAUGGCAGUUCAGUGGAUACGCCAUAUUAUUAGGUCAUCGAAUGCACCGAAUGUGGGUCUAGUACGAUUCUACAGCAGCACACUUCAUAAAUGCACUCUCAUUCCUGGGGAUGGCAUUGGUCCUGAAAUAUCUGCAGCCGUACAAAAAAUCUUUGAAGCUGCUAAGGUACCUAUCGAAUGGGAAUCUGUGGAUGUUACGCCAGUUAGAGGACCAGAUGGAAAAUUUGGCAUUCCUCAAGCUGCAAUUGAUUCUAUUAACAAGAAUAAAAUUGGAUUGAAAGGACCUCUUAUGACACCAAUAGGAAAAGGACAUAGAUCAUUGAAUCUUGCAUUAAGAAAAGAAUUUAAUCUUUAUGCUAAUGUCCGUCCAUGUCGGUCAUUAGAAGGGUACAAAACUUUAUAUGACAAUGUUGAUGUUGUGACAAUAAGAGAAAAUACUGAGGGAGAGUAUUCAGGUAUUGAACAUGAAAUAGUAGAAGGAGUUGUACAAUCCAUCAAACUUAUUACAGAAGAAGCAUCAAGAAGAGUAGCAGAAUUUGCUUUUCAAUAUGCUCAAGAUAAUAACAGGAAAAAGGUUACAGCUGUACAUAAAGCUAAUAUUAUGAGGAUGUCCGAUGGUUUAUUUUUAAGAUGUUGUCGAGAAGCAGCUCAAAAAUUUCCUAAUAUUAAAUUUGAAGAAAGAUAUUUAGAUACAGUAUGUUUAAAUAUGGUGCAAGAUCCUAGUCAAUAUGAUGUUCUCGUAAUGCCUAACCUGUAUGGUGAUAUUCUUUCUGACAUGUGUGCCGGUCUUGUUGGAGGUUUAGGUCUCACCCCAAGCGGUAACAUAGGUUUAAAUGGAGCUCUUUUUGAAUCUGUACACGGAACUGCACCAGAUAUUGCCGGACAAGAUAAAGCCAAUCCAACUGCUUUAUUAUUAUCUGCAGUUAUGAUGUUGAAAUAUAUGGGCCUAAAUGACCACGCACGAAUUAUUGAACAUGCUGCUUAUGAUACGAUUAAAGAAGCUAAAUUCUUGACUGGAGAUUUAGGUGGCACUGCUAAGUGUAGUGAAUAUACUAAUGAGAUUUGCAAAAAAGUAACUGUUUAAGUAAAUGAAUUCUAUGAAACAUGAUAAUUCCUCUAGAUUAAUAAAACUACCAAAGACAACGAUGAUUGAGACUGGAUUGCAAAUUUCGUUAUAUUAUUUUUCGUCGACAUUGAAAAAAUUAUGUUUCGGAGAUUAGGCUAAUGAUCUGAUGAAUGUAAAAGAUAUCUAUUUGAAUAAUGAAAUCACCUCAUCGCUUUGAAAAAUUAAUAUGCAAAUAACAUUAAGAUGCUGCCGAGAAACAGCUAAAAAAUUUCCUAAUAUUAAAUUUAGUGAAAGAUAUUUAGUUACCGUUUAUUAACAUUUAUUUAACAUUUAUUCAGAUUGCUGGAAUAAAUGUUAUAAUAUUACAUAAAAAAUUAUCAAUAGUAUUAUUUCAGAUAAUUUCAGUCAAAUACGUUUGAAUUGCUCAAAAUCGCAUCUUUGAAGGAAAGCAUGCUCCGAUAUUUGAAUAUUGAAUAAUAAUAUAUUCUCACUAUUUGAUUCCAUGGAAUAAUGUAUUGAAAGCCAAUAUUCUUUACUAACUAGGUAAUAAAAAAGAAUAAGUCAUUCUUUGGACAAUUUUCAGUCUAUUUAAUCUGUAUAUAUACAAAUUCUAUUUAAAAUUUAAAAGGUUGGUAGCAAAUUAUUUUAGUAAACCUUGUGAAAAACAUUUCUGUAAGAUUUAAUAAUAUGUUAUCAAUGGAAUGUUCCACUCUUAAUAUAUUUCAUUACAUGAUAAAA